GGUGCCGUGGUCCGUGCCCACUACCCGGUAACCACUUCCAGUCAGUCGUCGGCGGCGCAGGCUCUGUCGCACACUCGAACCGAUAUGACUUAACACUCUCCCACCAAGGUCUUGAGCUGACCUUGAUCGGCUGAUAAUCCGUAUUCCGUGUGGCGCUGUCGGUUGUAGAAAUAAAAUACUCCGAACACUCAUUACUCGCAGGUGUUCUGUUUUCGGUGUUGACUGUUUGAGCACUUCUUGAGAGUUCCUUUCGCUCUGUUUGAGAGUCUGUGUCUGCCGGUCACAUUGACACAAUCGUGACGAGCCAGUAGGUGCAUGUCCGUAUCGCGCCUCGAACUCUAAAUCCAUUCAUUAGACACUAGAGAGGCAUUCUUCAAUGCAUUCGUGUUCCAGGUUCAGGUUACAUCGACAACGUUAAUGAUUGUUUGUUUUGUUUUUAAAACACUUCACGUCACUAUGAAGGUCAAUUUGUACACCUUUAUAUGUUAAAAUUACGUCUUGUAUCAACACAUUUCCUAAAGCAGCCAUAAAAGCAUUAAAAUGUGCCGUGAUUGGGAUAUGAUUAUCUAAAUUGUAUAUUGGUAUAAAUUUGAAUUUUAAAACUGCGUCAAGCUGUUGAAAUUACUGCAGUGGUUUGCAGGAUUUACCCAGAGUUUGAAUUGCAUGAAAAUGAAACUUACUUUGUGUUGUACUGACACACAUAUGCUUAGUAAGCAGGUUGAAACAAAGUUUGAGAUGUUAUUAGAAGAAUAUAAUUCAGAAAAAUUGAUUUUGAUUGGUAUGCCGUUGGAAAAAUUGCCAUUGAAUUGUGACGGGUUACCACUUAUUGUAGAAAAUAUAAAUGAUUAUAUAAUCGACAAAGGAUUAUAUGAAGAAUGCUUAUUUGAUGAAGCAUACUCUACUAAUGGACGUAAAGCCAAUAUUAUAAAUGCUUAUGAAUUAGUAAGUGGUUCAAGGAAAAAUUGUAAAACAAUCCUUGAUAUUGAUGCAGUAGAUGUUGCAUCAGUGUUGGUUAUGUGGCUUUAUUACUUACCAGAACCAUUGAUAUCCUCAAAACAAUUUUCAAUGAUUUGUGAUCUCAAUGUCAAUACAAAAUACAGUGAAAUCAUUAUGUCCAUGAACAAUAUAAAUAGACUAACUUUACAAGGAGUAAUGAAUAUUGUGGAUUCUUAUGAAAAGCAACAUAAGUCAUAUAAGGAGAAACUAGAGAUUCUUUUCACACUGCUUUUGACAAAACAUGUAGAUAUUGUUAGCCAAAAUAAUUCAUCACAAUUUUUAGACAAUUUGAAGAUUGUUUUAAUGGAAGCAGAAGUAAAUGAUAAUGUAUCUGAAUGUAUUGGGUUCAAUAAAAAAUCUUUAAAAAUAAAAUAUAAUACCAAUCAUGAUAAAAAUGAGUUUAAUAAAUAUAAUCUUUGUAACAAGAAGAAUCUAUUUCGCAGGUCGUUCAGUGAUGAUGGAUUACACUUAAAAACUGGUGCGGAUGAUGUUGAUGCAACAGUGAAAUGUCCAGCUUUGCAUAAAUCAAGUAGCUGUAACCUGACUGAAGCCUUUUCAGAAGAGGACGUUCAUUACAACAACUCAUUUAUCAAUGGUUUUUCAUUUGAUAAGAACAAUUUAAACACUAAACCAGUUGAUAAAUUAUUGUCUGAUGAUCAUUUUUAUGACAGUUCAGUUUGUGUUACUAAUGAGUUAUACAGUUCCCAAAUUGAUGACAUGAGAAGUAUAGAAAGAACCAUGCAGAUUCAUUCCAGAACUACGACGAAAAGACCAAAAAAUAAAUCUAUUAAAAAUCAUGUAGAAAGGGUUUUGAAGUCAGGAUUUUUAUCAAAUGAAGAAAGUUUGCUGUUGAAAAACACUUUAGAACUUAUGAAGAUACUAUCAAAAAUUAAAAGUGUUCAAAAUCAAAUUAACAUUCAUAGGAAAAAUAGAGAAGAUGAAUUUGGUUUUGAAAAUGAAAAGACCAACAAACGUUUUUCAGAGUUGCAUUUCUUAAACAAUCGCCUUGAGCAAUUAGCUAGUCAGAAAAAUAAUUAUUUAACCAAAACUGGAUUAUCAUAUGGUAGAUCAUACAACCGUACAGUUUUGAAUCUUAAAAAUGCCCAAAAAGAAGCUUUUAAGCUACACGAAAAUGAGAAAAAUAACAAGAAAAAUCCGAACGAAAACUUUGAUAAAUUAAUUUCUGAUAUUUACAAUAUUCAAAUAGUUCUCGAUUAUAUGGAAAAUAAUUGUGGUGGUAAGGAGUUGCCCUGGAGGUCAAGUAAAGGUUGUCCAGGUCACAAGAGAAUGAAAAAAAAACAGCUGAAUUGUGUAACUGUUGUGUCUGAUUUGCAAACAAUUGGUGAGCACGAAGUCAUGGAAACUAUAGCCCAACCAUUAUUCAAACCAGUGGAACAGUAAUUUGCUCUAAUGUUUAGUAAGCUUAACCUAACUCUGUAAAGAAGUCUUAAUUGUACAUUUUUUUUUUUGGAAAUACUUAGUAACGAUGUACAGAACCAUUUAUUUUUAUGAUUAAUAUAAAAUACUAAUAUAAUAAUCCUAAUUAAAAUUUCUAUUAAGUAAUAUUAUUUGAGACUUAUUUAUGUUUGGUACCUUCAAAUUAUUUAACUGAUGUUUUCUAAUUAAGAAUAUACAAUCGUGCAUAUAUA